CUCACAUCUCAGCUCUUAUCAUCUAAUACAUUCUCCCAAGAAAACGAACCUACAUCUCUAUAUUACUGCUACUAAUAGCUUCAGUACAGAAAGAAAGAAAUGGCAAAAUCUACUUUCUCUCUCCUCUUUCUCAUUCUGCUGUUCUCUGUUUCAGGUCAAAUGUUUGCAAUGGCUAAUAUACAGGAAACAUGGUGUAUAGCAAAGCCAUCUUCAGAUGAUGCAACAUUAUUAGCAAACAUAAACUAUGCUUGCUCUCAAGUAGAUUGCAGUGUUCUUCAUCAAGGGUGUCCUUGUUUUUCUCCUGAUAAUCUAAUAAAUCAUGCUUCUAUUGCUAUGAAUCUUUAUUAUAGAGCUAAGGGUUGCCAACAGUUGAAUUGUGACUUCAGGGGUUCUGGACUCACUGUCAUCACUAAUCCAAGUUAUGGAAAUUGUCUCUACCAUUAGAAAGAAAUCUCAUAUACGACUUCCAGUGGAAGGGACUUAAAAGGAAGAAUAUUUGUGGAUUUUUGGUCAAAUUUUGGUUCGUAUAAAUUGAUAAUUUUUGUAACAAGGCGAGACUCUUUUUACUAGCUUCAACUGAAUAUGAGAUAAAUAAGUAACUUAUCUCUACCAUAAAUACCAUCAAUUUUUGUAGUGUUUUUUUAAGUGAAAAAUUACAUAUUAGUUAUGAGUGGAAUGCCCAUAUGAUACUACUCCGUAUGA